AUGCUGCUCGCCUACCGACACCACGAUCCAUCCAUCUGCAUUAUCUGCAUUCUGCUCUGCUCUGAUCGCUGCGGCGACGUCGUCAAAAAGCCCAAACUCGACCAACACGCCGGCCGAUGCCACGGCGGGUUCGACUGCAUCGACUGCUCCAAAACGUUCAACACCCCCGGCGAGUGGAAGGGCCAUACGAGUUGUAUUAGUGAAGCGGAGAAGUAUCAGAAGAGUUUGUAUAAAGGGCCGAAGACCGGUGGACGCGACGGCCAAUCCAACUUCAACAACAACCAACGCGGAGGGCGGGGCGGAGGACGGGGAGGACGGGGUGGUGGUCGAGGGGGGUUCAACAACAACAGCAACCACAAUAACAGCUGGAACCGGAACCGCGAGCCUGUGAACAGAGGGACGGGCGCGAACCAUAUGCCCCUUGGCGCGCCUACGCGGAUGUCCCCUGUGACACCUUCGCCUACGGAGAGUGAUGUAGAGGGGAAGGGUAAGGGUGGUGUUAGUGGUGCGAAUGGUGCGAAUGGGGUGAAUGGGGUGGAGAAGAAGAAAGGAUCGGAUUCGCCAUUGAAGGGUGUAGUUGAGAAGAGGAAUGAGACGCAGGAGGAUGGGAAGGAGAAGGAGAGUAAGGAGAAGAAGGAGAAGAAGGAGAAGAGUAAGAAGCGGAAAGCUGAGGAUGAGGAGUCAUCGCCAGCACCCAAAAAGACCAAGCUCGAUUCGUCUGCUGAGGCCGAGUCGAGUGACAAGUCGAAAGAAAAGGAGAAGGAGAAGGAAAAGUCGAAAGACAAGAAAGACAAGAAGGAGAAGAAGGAGAAGAAGAAGGAAAAGUCCAAAUCCGUAGAGCUGCAGGGAGGCUCAACAGAGGCGGCAGACGGUUCGGAGAAGAAAAAGUCGAAGAAGGACAAGAAAAAGUCGAAAUCGCCGGAAGAGUCGACGACGACGGAGGGUGCGGAGGUGGCGAAAGGGAGCGUGGAGGAUGGGGAGAAAAAGGAGAAGAAGAAGGGUAAAGAGAAGAAGAAAGAGAAGAAAGAGAAGAAGAGCAAGGAGAAGGAGGGUGGGGAGGAUAAGAUGGACGUGGACGAACCGGCGAGAGAGAGCGGGGAGGUGAAGGAGAAAGAGAAAGGGAAGAAGGAGAAGAAGAAGAGUAAGAAGGAGAAGAAAGAGGAGAGAUCGUAG